AGUUACCCCACAGCAGCAAGUCGCGAGGGCAGCCUGUGUUCUGCUGUGCUUAGGGAGAUAACACACUCAGCACACACACAGAGAACCACAAACUCAACACUAAACAGCCAAAAAACAAGAUCCCCAUACCAUCUCAAGCUAAGACAGGUUCAAAAAGCACAAGUAAGAAGUCCCAUGCAUGAGGAUUAACAUCGCCAAGGUCAUCUGAAGAGCAUGCACACCAGCGGACGAGUUGUGACGUCGAGAAUCAGCCUGUUCUAUGACGUCAAUGAGAGAGAUGCAUGGAGCUCAUUGGGCCCGUGGCUGGAGGCUGAGGAGGUUGUGUCCGGUCACCUCAGCAGUGCAACGUUAAAGUGUCAAAACUAAUACUGUGAGGUGGAGAACGCAGUAAAAGGGAGAGCGAAUCACCUGUGUUCUGGAUUCAACGAUACCCCACAGAUUCAGCUAAGGACAGAACACCUCAUAUCAUUGCCAGGGAGACGUAUAGAGUAGAAAAGGCAUUAUGAGGGGCGUGGUGCUGGGCAGGCUGGCAGCGGCUGUUGGGGAGCGGCUGGCGUGUCCAAGGCUGCCAAGAUGUGAUGCUGGGGCCCGGACUGUUUCUCCUGCAGGAUGGUUCCCUCCCAUUCGUGCCCUGUCAGACACCUCCGGGAUGAGCUGGGAGGACGCCAAGCCCUUCGAGGAGAUACCCGGCCCCUCGACCCUGCCCGUGGUGGCCGGCCUGUACCACUACCUGCCCUACGUAGGCCAGUACUCCUUCAGCCGCUUGCACCACUCGGGACGCCUCAAGCUGCAGCAGUUCGGGCCCAUCGUGCGGGAGAGGCUGCCGGGGAACGUGAACCUUCUGCUGUUGUUUGACCCCGAGGACAUAGAGACGAUGUACGCGAAGGAUGGCCGCUACCCGUGCCGCCGCUCCCACAUCGCCCUGCAGAAGUACCGCCUCGACCGCCCUCACAUGUACAGUACUGGGGGACUCCUGCCAACGAACGGAAAGCACUGGUGGGAGCUGCGGCGUCGGGCCCAGAAAUCCCUCAGCCGGGUCUCCGCCGUCACCAGCCGCCUGCCGCACGUUGACGAGGUGGCUCGGGAGUUCGUGGACGUGGUGGCCAAGGUGCGAAGUGAAGGGUCGGGCCGUGUCCCGCACUUCAUGAACAUAGGCAAACGGGUCUUCCUGGAGCUGACCACGACCAGCCUGUUGGACGCGCGCCUCGGCAACCUCACAGACCACAACGAUGAGGCCGACGCUCUCAUGGCCGCGGCGGAUGAAACCAACGCCGUCACGCUACCCACGGACAACGGCCUGCAACUGUGGCGCUACCUGGACACCCCCAAGUACCGGAGACUCGUGCGGGCCCAGGACACACUCUACAGAAUUGCACUCAAGUACGUCGAAAGUAAAGAUGAUGAGCUGCGGCACGCCCGUCAAGAGAGGGAGGCAGCAGGGAAGGAAGAGCCAGAAGAGAAAGGCUCCAGCAGCAUUCUCGAGUCCUUCUUUGAGAGUGGUCUCGAGGAUAAGGACAUCGUGGGUCUAGUAAUUGACUUGCUCCUGGGCGGCGUUGACACGGGUGCCUACACACUGACCUACGUGCUGCACUGUCUGGCCAACAACCCCGAGAAGCAGGACUUAUUAGCAAAGGAGGCAAAGAGGCUGCUGGAGGGCUCUGGAGGCAAGGUGACGGUGCCUGUGCUGAGCGAGGCCAAGUACCUGAAGGCGGUGAUGAAGGAGACAUACCGCCUGCACCCAAUCUCCAUAGGGGUGGGGCGGAUCCUGCAGGAGGACACUGUCAUCCGAGGUUACAGGAUACCCAAGGAUACCAUUCUGGUAACACAGAACCAAGUCAGCAGCCGCCUGCCAGAGUACUUCCAUGACCCUCUACACUUCCUGCCUGAACGCUGGCUGCACAAGGCUCCGCCGGCCCAUCCCUUCCUCGUCCUCCCCUUCGGCCAUGGCCCACGGUCCUGUAUUGGCCGUAGGAUGGUCGAGCAAAACCUACAGGCAGUGAUAUUACAGCUCAUGUUGCGGUACCGAGUGGGCUGGCUGGGAGGUGAGUUGGACUGCGUCUCCAAACUGAUCAAUGAGCCAGUUGGACACAUAGAAUUUACCUUCACCGACAGGCAGUGAGCAGGUGUGUGAGUGUGCAUUUGUCAGUGUGUGUGUGUGUGUGGAUGCAUUUACCUAGUUAUAGUAUACAGAAUUUGAGUUAAUCUUGUGUUGUCCUGUCUCCAUGCCAUCUUAUAUCUAACUGACGACAGGGGAUUUUCAUUAUAAACAUGUAUCCAUAACCCUGAUGCUUUAUGUACAACUCUAGAAAUGGUGCUUCAUAUCUGGCCAAUUGAGUGUUUUUGUUAUGACUGGCUCAGCUGAUCAAGAGUAAUGCCAAUGUUGUGGAUUUAGAAUUUAUAUUGCUGCUUUGGAGGACUGCUUGGUGGGUUAGUCUUAGUGAUCUUAGUGAUAUCCAGCCUACCUAAGACCCCUUGGUGGUCAGAUAAAACAUAUAUUUCUUA